ACUACUAGAAGGAGCGCUCCGAACACCUUAAUCGAACAAACCUACUGUGUGCAGCCGCUGUAGUGUGUGUGUGUGGGGCCUGUUGUUGAAUUACUUAAGUACAUGUUAGUAAAAGUAAGUUAUUUGUUGUAAAUAUUGUAAUAAGUACUAUUUACUAUUUUUUUGUGUAGUCAAGUCUACUAUGAAUCCAACGUGGGUCGGAUUCGCAUCCAUGAAAAAUUAUAUCUAGUUUUGUUUUGUUUUCAGCGCAUCUCCCCGUGUCGGCCCGUAUGAUUGUUAUACUUCAGUCGCUGCACUAUCGUUACAUAGUAUAGACGGAGAUAUUAUCUCUGGGAUAGAUACUCCCUUAUAUGCAUGAGGGCAUGGGCAGUUGGGCACGUUUGACACAAUGGGCAGAUGAUGGGCACGCAUACGAUAACAACAGCAACAACAAUUAGAAAUCGUGCUCCAGCAGAUUGUUGUAUUGUUUGUGAGUGUGUUUUGCUGCUUCGUGCGCGCGAAGCGUGGUUGUCCUUACAUGUCCACGAGGACCGCUACAGCAGUAGUAGCAGCAAAACAGGGCACGGCCGGAUUCCCGACGUCGAGUCCGUGGCCUCGAAGUGACACCCUCGUCGGGGUCAACCGGCCUCCCUUGGAGAGAGCGAGCCACUUUAUCGGAACAUCACCAUAGCAGUUGUAUGUACACUCAUAGUCCGCAGUGUCUGCACCGCUAAAGAACUCGCUCAGCCACCGCCACCCUUGAGUUGAAAAACAUGGCAGCGGAGGAGAUCGUUGCCGAGGUGCGCAACACCCUCUGGGGCAAUGCCGUCAAGGAGGAAGUGUUUCGCCGCUGGGCUCAAGGCUUUUACUUCAGUCCGGACGAGCCUUCGGCCCUCAUCCAAGACAAUGGCGGUCCCUGUGCCGUCAUAGCUCCCCUCCAAGCGUUCAUCCUGAAGCAGCUGCUGCUUGAAUUGGCGGACAUGGUGACCUGGCGUGACGUUACGCCCGAGAGCUGCGAUCAGCUUCUCGUCAGAGCCAUGACGGAGAUCCUGGCUCAAGCCGCGGAUCCUCAGGAAACCAAGUACUCGGUCCUGCUCGUUGACAAAUCAACCAGAAGUUCUGAUGACAGUGGAAGUAGUCUGCCCAAUGGAGAAGUGCCUGUCGACCAAAAAAGUGAGUCGAUGGAUGCGGAGACUACUGCUCAGCCGGUCUUGGAUUCCAAAACCUUUCACUCGCUUUUGAGGAUUCACACGUUGGGUACUGUUGAGGAAGUUGAAAAAUUUUUAACUGAUAAUAUAAGUAUGUUUAAGGGACAGUUUGGCGUAUUGCUACUACUGUAUUCAGUCAUAUGUACAAAAGGAAUAGCCCAGAUGCGGCUGGAAAUAUCAGAUUUAACUGACCCCUUGAUUCACUCGACCUUUGGAUAUGGGAGUCAAAGUUUGAUUAACUUGAUGCUUAGUGGACGGGCUGUGAGCAAUGUGUGGGAUCACGACCAAGACGUUGGAGGACUCAAAUUAAAAGGUAUUGAAAAACAAAACGAGGUUGGUUUUUUAACGCUAUUGGAAACCUUAAGGUACAUUGAAGUUGGUUCGUUUCUCAAGUCACCUUCGUAUCCAGUUUGGGUACUUGGUUCAGAAACGCAUUUGACAGUUUUGUUCUCGGCGGAAAAAAAAUUAGUAAGUGCUGAAACGCGCAGUGAACAAGCUAAACGAGUUUUCAAAAAAUACGACAACGAUGGGAAUAAUUUCAUUCCAACGGACUCGCUCCAAAAUGUUCUGGCUGAACUCGAUUUGUUUUCCGAUACUGAAUAUGUUGAUAUAAUAAAGAAAAAGCUCGACAGGCACAAUGAUGGCAUAAUUCUACUUAAUAAUUUUAUGUAUGAAUUUUUCCCGGAAGACCCUAGAACACUACCAGAUACAUUUGUGCUACACCAUUACAACGGAUUACCGAGGAGUAAUCCUGAUAACAAAGUAAAAUAUCACAGAGGCCAAGCCAUUUUACUUGAAAGUGCAGUAAAUUCUUUCGCCGAUAAUAAUUCUAUGUUGACGGUUUUGCAAACCAAAUGGCCAAGUAUUGAAAUUCAGUGGGAGUCAAAUCAAGAGCCCAGUAUAAAUUAAUAUGUACAAAAAUGAUUACUUAGUGCAUUUAAAUAACUGGCAAAUUAACCGGCUUAGUCGAGCAAAGUAUGAGCUCGUCCGGGCUGUCGGAGACUGAUGUAAAGAAAAUAUUGAUAUGGAUGCUGAUGUAUAUCAUUGCUGGCCUUAACAAAUCUCAGACCUUAAUCCAAAGAUUUCGGUAAAAUAUUUUGGGACUUGAGAUUUUAGAAAACUUGAAUUUUAUGCUAAAAAUCAAUCUCUUUUAAGUUUCGCAAACAUGUAUCAAGAGAUUUUUGUUUACAUUCUUUUGGCAACAUAAUAAGUUAUUCUUGAACAGUAGUAGUUUUGUAGCUUUGUCGAAAUAAAAAUUGUGUAGCUUUAUUGAUAUAAAACUACAAUGAACUAUUUGCGCAAAGUAUUGUUUAAAAAAUAUAAGCUACUACCCCACAAAAUGUUGAAUAUGUACAAAAAACUGUAUGAUAGCUAAAAUUUGUUCAAUGAUAGUUUUAUUUAUAGUUUGCAUGA